AGGGAAGUCCCUCUAAAUCCUGAACGCAGAGCGAGGAGGGAGAGCGUCGACGCAACGCAAAAUGCUGAGAAGGAAACCCAGCAAGAUCGAAGUCAAGAUCGAAGACAAGGACGAGCUCGAAGACGCCCGCAAGCGCUCCGCCGCCGCCGCCGCCGCCGCCGGCCCUCCCGCCUCCUCCGCCGCCCUUGCCGCCGCCGGAACCUCCUCCAUCCUCCAACACCUCGACCGCCCCUCCAACCUCCCCUCCAAGGCCCACCGCAUCGGCCUCUCCCCCUCCUCUUGAAUCCCUUAGGCGAUGGAAGUCGAGGUGAAGCUCCGCCUCCCCGACGCCGGCGCCCACCGCCGCGUCGCCGCCCUCCUCUCCCCCCACCGGCUCCGCACCGACCGCCAGGAGAACCUCUUCUUCGACGGCGCCGGCGGCGAGCUCUCCUCGCGGCGCGCCGUCCUCCGCCUCCGUUUCUACAACGGCGACGCCCGCUGCGUCGCCUCGCUCAAGGCGAGGGCCGUCCUGGUCGACGGCGUCAGCCGCGUCGAGGAGGACGAGGAGGAGCUGGACCCGGCGGAAGGUCGGGAGUGCGUGGCCGAUCCGGGGAGGAUGGGGUCGGUGGGCUCUAGGGUUUUGAGGAGGUGCAGGGAGGAGUUUGGGGUGGGGGAGUUUGUGGGGCUGGGAGGGUUUGGGAAUGUGAGGGAUGUGUAUGAGUGGAAAGGGCUGACCUUGGAGGUCGACGAGACGAAGUACGAGUUCGGGACGUGUUAUGAGAUCGAGUGCGAGAGUAGUGAUCCCGAGGCCGUGAAGAAGGUGAUUGAGGAGUUCCUGAAGGACAAUGGGAUUGAGUAUAAGUAUUCGGAGGUGUCCAAGUUUGCGACUUUUCGGUCCGGGAAGUUGCCGGAGUAGUCGUUGUGGACAGGCAGCGGACGACCUUUAUCACCACAAAUAUUCCUUUUUUUUCGUGGCCAUCGGCUCAAGUAUCCAUAUUAAUGAGUAAAAAAGUUGGCAGUUCCGAGAAUGUUGUGAACUCACAAUUGGAUGAGGUCGCAUGCUACUCUAAUUAUUCGCAUUCAAUAAGUGGAGCAUUGUAUCUCAUUAGUAUGUUUUCCCCUGGACCGAGUAGUUGUUGAAACGUAUGAACUACGAUAAUAUAUAUUGAGGAUGUCAGCUAUCUGCAAGAACCAUAGACGAUGGUCUGAUUGUGUUUGUUUA